GUGAACAGGCUGGGAGCUGAUAUUUGUGCUGUAUGUAUGAAAAAGCUGGCAGUGUCUCUCUGCCUGAGUGGAGGAGCAGGCUCCUUCUCUCUGCUACUUGACAUGUGGAGAUCCAGCUGGCCUGUAUCUAACAUGAGCUGACAGAAGAAGGGGCUGCUGGUUUUUUUUUGUGUUUUUUAAAUUUUGUACAUGAAAGUGGAGUAGAAGGAGAAAGCGGGAGCCACCAGGAGAGACAGAAAAGUGACACUUCUGAGGAUUUCUCAGUCAGUGCCCGACGACCUCACUCCAGAGGAGCAGCAGGAGCUGGAGAAUAUCCGCCGGCGCAAGCAAGAGCUGCUGGAGGACAUUCAGCGGCUGAAGGAUGAGAUAGCAGAAGUAACAAGUGAGAUUGAGAACCUGGGUUCCACUGAGGAGAGGAAAAAUAUGCAGAGGAAUAAACAGGUAGCAAUGGGUCGUAAGAAGUUCAACAUGGAUCCCAAAAAGGGGAUCCAGUUCCUCAUUGAGAAUGACUUGCUGAAGAAUACCAGCGAUGACAUUGCUCAAUUCCUCUACAAGGGCGAGGGCCUGAACAAAACAGCCAUUGGCGAUUACCUUGGAGAGAGAGAUGACUUCAAUAUCGAAGUCCUCCAUGCCUUUGUGGAGCUUCAUGAGUUCACAGACCUCAACCUGGUUCAGGCUCUAAGACAGUUCCUGUGGAGUUUUCGACUGCCAGGAGAAGCUCAGAAAAUCGACCGCAUGAUGGAGGCCUUUGCUCAGCGUUACUGCCAGUGCAACUCUGGUGUUUUCCAGUCCACAGACACCUGUUACAUCCUAUCAUUUGCCAUCAUCAUGCUAAACACCAGCCUCCACAACCCCAACGUGAAAGACAAGCCUUCUGUGGAACGAUUUAUCUCUAUGAACAGAGGCAUCAACGAGGGGGGGGACUUACCCGAAGACCUGCUCAGGAAUCUGUACGAGAGCAUCAAGAACGAGCCUUUUAAAAUCCCAGAGGACGACGGCAAUGACCUCACACACACUUUCUUCAAUCCAGACAGAGAGGGGUGGCUGCUAAAAUUAGGAGGGGGACGAGUAAAAACCUGGAAGAGGCGGUGGUUCAUCCUCACGGACAACUGUCUGUACUACUUUGAGUACACCACAGACAAAGAGCCCAGGGGAAUCAUCCCACUGGAGAACCUGAGCAUCAAAGAUGUGGAAGAUAAGAAGCCGAAUUGCUUUGAGCUCUUCAUUCCUGACAACAAGGACCAAGUGAUAAAAGCAUGCAAGACAGAGGCUGAUGGACGCGUCGUGGAGGGCAACCAUACUUUUUAUCGCAUCUCUGCCCCCACUACUGAGGAAAAAGAUGAAUGGAUGAACAGCAUCAAAGCUGCCAUCAGCAGGGAUCCCUUCUACGAGAUGCUGGCAGCCAGGAAGAAAAAGGUGUCAUCCAUGAAGAGGCACUAGAGCUGCUCAGCUUUCCCGAUGUUGCACUUGACAGAUCAGGGGGUCCCGGUGUCUGGUGUCUGGGCCGGCGCAGAGACCACAGUUCAGGUCUGCCUCAGACCUUCUCUGGGGAGUUUCUCUAGGUUAUAUUUACUAGCUGUGUGGCGUUAGGACUCUACUGGCUAGAAAAACAGAAAGCAUGCUGGGGUUUCUAGAUAAGAGUCCGAGUCAAAGCCUCGUCUAACCUCUUGUGUCACUAUCGCUCUGUUUCUCUCUCUCUCUCUCUCUCUCUCUCUCUGUCAGCUUUGUGUGUGCUUUCUGUCUAGGAAUCCGAAAGGGAAUCUUUCUGCAGCAAAAUAAAACUACUCCAAUAUGCACUGCGUACCUAGACAACAUACAUACACCCAUGCAGUCCCCCCCGCCCCCCCACAGCUCACAUUUAACUCAGCAGGUCUGACAGGGUGUGGUGCCCUAACCAAAAUAUUCCUCGCUUUAUGGAAGAAAAGCUAAGACCUUUUCUGAUGUGCUUUAAUACGUGUGGGCAAUACAUGUCUAUUUGUACAGCUUUUACUGUUUAUUCCUCUGUAGUCUUUUUUGUUUGUUUACUUUUGUAAGAUAAAAUGGUUUUGCAGCAGAAACUGCAGGGGGGUUGGGAGGGAGGGAGGGG